AUGAUGGACCAAAAUCAUGACGACACAUCGGCCUGGAAGACUGAGCCCUUCCCGUCCUUCUACGCCUCCUCAGACUCGUCACAAUCGCCAACCAGCACCAGCAGCCGGUCAGAAAAAUCACCCACAAACAACCACAAAACACUCGGCUCCGAAUCCCCUCCCGACCUGGUGCCAACCCGCUGCCGCGGCCGCGCCAGCGGCUGCCACUACCCGGAAGACGGCCAGCCCCACUGCCACCUCAGGUGCUCGCCCCGGGCGUGCAAGCAGUGCCGCGAGGUCCUGGACGCCGACUGCAUCGACAAGGGGCGGCGACGAGGAGCGGCCCCGCGGCGGCAGGGGCGUCCCGUGCGGCGCGUGCUCAAGGUCGUCGGCGUGGGUGCUCUGGUCCUGUGGUGCAUGCGGGACGCUCGCGCCGACUGGGCCCUGUUCAAGGAGUGGGCCGCGGGUUGGGCCCAGCUCUGA